UUAUCCUAACUUAUUAAUCUAAUUGGCUGAUCGUACACGUAAAUAUCUGCAACUGAUUUUUAAUUUUUUUUUUGUACACAGUGGUUAUGACAGAAAACAAAGUAUCGAGUUAUAGAUCUUUCAAAGACAAGGAAAAGCCCGUAGAAGUUCGACUUAGCAACAUUAUCGCUGCUAAAGCGGUAGGGGAUGCUGUGCGGACUUCCCUUGGUCCUAAAGGCAUGGAUAAAAUGAUUCAAACUGGUAGUGGUGAAGUUGUCAUCACUAAUGAUGGAGCUACAAUUUUGAAACACAUGUCUGUUUUACAUCCCGCAGCUAAAAUGCUCGUUGAUUUGUCUGCUGCUCAAGAUGUUGAGGCCGGAGAUGGGACAACGUCUGUUGUAGUUAUUGCAGGCGCACUUUUGGGAGCUGCUGAGAAAAUGCUUGUUAAGGGGAUACACCCUACAACAAUUGCUGAAGCUUUCCAGCGCGCUGCCAAUAAAUCAACUGAAUUUCUUACAGAGAUGUCUACUCAAAUAGAUUUAUCAGAUAAGAAUUCAUUGUUAAGGGCCGCUAGCACUUCAUUAAACUCAAAAAUUGUUUCACAAUAUUCUGGCCUUCUUGCCCCUAUUGCUGUUGAUGCCGUAUUGCGCGUAAUUGACCCAGCAACAGCUACUAAUGUGGAUUUAAAAGAUAUUCGUAUUGUUAAAAAAGUUGGUGGGACAAUCGAUGACACCGAAUUAAUAGAUGGAUUAGUACUUACCCAAAAUGUUGUUAAAAAUUCUGGAGGACCGACUCGCAUUGAGAAAGCAAAGAUAGGCCUAAUUCAGUUUCAAUUAUCUCCACCAAAACCCGAUAUGGAGAAUCAAAUCAUAGUUAAUGAUUAUAGACUUAUGGAUAAAAUUUUAAAGGAAGAAAGACAAUAUCUUCUUAAUAUGUGUAAAAAAAUUAAAAAAACAGGAUGUAAUGUUCUUUUAAUUCAAAAAUCAAUUCUUAGAGAUGCUGUUAAUGAUUUGUCUUUACACUUCCUGUCAAAGUUGAAAAUUUUAGUGGUUAAAGAUAUUGAAAGAGACGAGAUUGAGUUUAUUUGUAAGAGUACUGGCUGUAAACCAAUUGCGGAUAUAGAAUCAUUUGCUGAGGAUAAACUUGGUUAUGCUGAACUUAUUGACGAAGUUCAAACUUCAGGUGCUCGUGUUGUUAAAAUUACUGGUGUCAAACACAUUGGCAAAACUGUGUCAAUCUUAUGUCGUGGUGCUAAUUCUCUGGUUUUGGAAGAGGCUGAACGUUCACUUCAUGAUGCGCUUUGUGUUGUUCGCUGUCUUGUAAAGAAAAAAGCACUCAUUGCAGGAGGGGGAGCACCUGAAAUUGAAGUUUCGCAGCGAUUAUCGGAGUAUGCAAAAACACUAAAGGGCAUGGAAGCUCAUUGUUUUGAAGCUUUUGCCAAUGCGCUUGAAGUUAUUCCGAUAACAUUAGCUGAAAAUGCAGGAUUGAAUCCCAUUAAUAUUGUUACUGAAUUAAGAAAUAAACAUGCUUUAGGAGAGAAAACUGCAGGAAUAAAUGUGAAAAAAGGUACAAUUUCAAAUAUUCUCGAAGAAAAUGUCAUACAACCUUUACUUGUGUCAACCAGUGCAAUAGAAUUGUCUGCAGAGACCGUAAAGAUGCUGCUUAAGAUCGAUGAUUUGGUUCAAACUCGAUAAUUUUCAUGUUUAUGUAAUAAAUUUACUGAUUUAGUGUAUAUUGUUAAAUUCAUGUGUGAUAACUGCUGAUACAAUAGUUUAUAUUAUUUUCGGAAAAACUUUCCUAUAAUGGGCGAGGCUUGGAGUGGUUUAAUUCAUACAUUUAAAUUUUUUUUUGGUGAAACAGAAAAAUAUCAUAAAUAUUUUAAAUAAAUAUUUUAAAUAAAUAUUUAUUUGCG